AAAAAUUAAGAAGUUGAAAAUCAAAACUAAUUUUGUUUCUUCAUUUUCAACUGGACAUAGCUGCCAGGAAACCUCACACCAAAGUUUGAAUGCUUCAAUUCCAUUAUUUCAUAUUCUCGACAACGCUGCUACGGAUUCACAGGUCGCAUCCACUGAUUAUUUUGAAAACAAUUUAGCAGAGGCGUUGAAUUAAGCUAGGAGAUAUGGUAUUCAUGCAUGAUUUGCAAUGAAAGGAUUACCACGUAAAUCCCCAAUACAGCAGUAAUGGCAUUUACGCGCGCCGCCAGGAAGGCCUGGUCAAAUGCAAGCUCAUACUGUUCCUGGUCUCGAUUCCACGUAACCUCAAACCACUCGCCGCCUCCUUUACCGUUGCCUUCCUUUUCUUUCGAUCUUCGCCCCGUCUGGUCUCGUUUCCCCUCUCCUCUAAAUCCCAUUUCUUCUUUCAUCCUCAGCUCAACCUCCACGCAGAGUAGAUUGAGUUUACCAUUUUACAAGUGGGUUGCAUAUUCUGGGCCAUUGUUUUUGUGCUCGCCGACAUGGCAGUUGUCCCAGUCGGCAACCCCUCUUUACCCCCCUGGAAAAUUCGUUUUCAGAGAUACAGAGUGGGAGGGGGAGAAGAAGCAGAAGAAGGAGUCGCGUAUUAAUGCGUUUGUUAAAAGACAUUUACCAGAGAAUGCCAGGGUUAAGUGGCAAGUUGUGGAUACUCAAUUAGUUGAUGGGGCGAGUUUGUUGGAUGUUAGGGUCCCUAGAUGGGAUUAUGUGGCUCCAGAUGCUGUUUCUUCUGUGAAUUGGCCUAAUGCCAUCUCCGUCGCACGAAUGUUGUCUGGUCCAUUGCUUGGAUGGAUGAUUCUAAACGAUUUAUACUUUCCAGCUUUUGUGGGAUUGGUGAUUGCUGCAGCCAGUGACUGGCUUGAUGGAUAUGUUGCUCGAAAAAUGAAGAUAAACAGUGUGUUAGGUUCGUAUCUUGAUCCUCUGGCUGACAAGGUUCUUAUAAUGUGUGUUGCACUGGCAAUGAUUGAGAAUAAUCUCUUACCUUCUGCUCUUGUUGCAUUGGUUGUGGCGAGAGAUUGUUCACUGGUGGGUGGUGCAUUUUAUAAACGAGCACAUUCCUUGGGUUGGAAAUGGAAAGACUUGGGAGAUUUCUUUAAUGUUGACAACAAUGGUGUGGAAAGGAUUGAGCCUCUCUUUAUCAGUAAGGUUAACACAGUCUUGCAACUAGCCUUAGUUGGCACAGCUCUACUUCAACCAGAAAUAGGAACAGAGGAUUCACUCUAUUUGGUGACAUGGUUAAGCUGGUUGGUGGCGGCAACAACAUUGGCAUCCUGGGCAGGUUAUGGGCUGGUGCUCUUUCAGAAAGCUCCUCAAACAGCUAUACGAAGUUCAAGAAUGAUUUCUGGCAAUAAGGCUAGAGACAAUCAAUAACUUGAGGCAAACUCGGCAACGAUCAUUCAACAUCAUAUGUGCAGCUCACAACAGGAUUCACCACAUCCUUUGAACUGAGGGAAUUCUAUUGGAAUCCGUCUUUUGCAAACCUUGCAGACUUACAGGGCAGUAAGCAAAUCUAGUUGCGGUAAAAAUUGAUUCCAAGGCAUGUUCUAGUCAAUUGAAUCGGGCAUUUGUAUCUUUGAGAUGACACAAUAUUGGAAGAUUAUUAGAUAUUCCUCAAGAAGCAUGCUGCUAUUUUAAAGAGCUUCUCACCAGCCAAUUCUUUAAACAAUGUUUGCUGAAUCUGCUCUCAUAUUUUGUUUGUUGUAACAUCAAAAUACCACAGUUUAGGCCCUAGUAAUUCAGGCUGAUAUGCAUCGAACAGUCCUCCUUCCUAAAAUAGAUAAGGCAGCUAAUCCUAACAGAUUUCCAGGACAUUUUUUAAAGGUUCUGGAUCUUUAAUAAUGACGAUUUAUCCAACAGAAAAUUUUUGGAUUA